UGGUCUGGCCGGAGCCCUUGGGUGAAACAGUUAGGCGUGGAGAGGGAGUGAUGUCUUCCAGACUCGGUGCAGUCUCCGCCACUCCGGGACCCACAUCCUUUAAGCAGCAGAGGAGCACGAGGAUCGUGGGCGCCAAGAACAGGACUCAGUGCUCCAUAAAGGACAACAGUUUCCAGUACACUAUCCCUCAUGAUGACUCCUUAAGUGGCUCUUCAUCUGCCUCUUCCUGUGAACCAGUGAGUGAUUUUCCAGCCUCAUUCCGAAAAUCCACUUACUGGAUGAAGAUGAGAAGGAUCAAAGCGACUGCUGCUGCUCACGUUGAAGGGUCAGGUGCUGUAGCAACCAAAGGGAAAAGGAAACCCAGGCAGGAGGAAGAUGACGACUAUCGGGAGUUUCCGCAGAAGAAGCAUAAGCUUUAUGGGAGGAAGCAGCGGCCAAAAACUCAGCCUAGUCCCAAACCUCAGCCUCGUCGCAUUCGGAAGGAGCCGCCAGUUUAUGCAGCAGGCAGUUUGGAAGAGCAGUGGUACUUGGAAAUUGUGGAUAAAGGCAGCGUCUCUUGUCCUACCUGCCAGGCGGUUGGGAGGAAGACUAUAGAGGGUUUAAAGAAACACAUGGAGAACUGUAAACAGGAAAUGUUUACUUGUCAUCAUUGUGGGAAACAACUGCGUUCACUGGCAGGCAUGAAGUAUCACGUCAUGGCAAAUCAUAAUAGCUUGCCCAUUUUGAAAGCUGGUGAUGAAAUAGAUGAGCCAAGUGAAAGGGAACGGCUCCGAACAGUUCUGAAGAGACUGGGGAAGCUCAGGUGCAUGCGCGAGAGUUGCUCCAGUAGCUUCACCAGCAUCAUGGGGUAUCUGUACCAUGUCAGAAAAUGCGGCAAAGGGGCUGCAGAACUGGAGAAGAUGACCCUGAAAUGUCACCACUGUGCAAAGCCGUACAGAUCGAAGGCUGGCCUGGCGUAUCACCUGAGGUCAGAGCACGGGCCCAUCUCCUUCUUUCCAGAAUCGGGACAGGCAGAGUGCUUAAAGGACAUGAGCCUGGAGCCAAAGAGUGGGGGCCGAGUUCAGAGACGGUCUGCCAAAAUCGCAGUGUACCACCUGCAGGAGCUAGCCUCUGCCGAACUGGCCAAGGAGUGGCCCAAGAGGAAGGUGCUUCAGGAUCUGGUCCCCGACGAUCGGAAGUUAAAAUACACUCGUCCUGGGCUCCCUACCUUCAGCCAGGAAGUGCUGCACAAAUGGAAGUCAGAUAUCAAGAAGUACCAUCGUAUUCAGUGUCCUAACCAGGGUUGUGAGGCCGUCUACAGUAGUGUGUCUGGUCUUAAAGCUCACCUGGGCUCUUGCACAUUGGGAAACUUUGUGGCUGGAAAAUAUAGGUGUCUUCUAUGUCAAAAAGAAUUUGUGUCAGAGAGUGGUGUCAAGUAUCACAUCAACUCUGUGCACGCCGAGGAUUGGUUUGUUGUAAACCCAACAACAACCAAAAGUUUUGAGAAGCUGAUGAAGAUAAAGCAGCGGCAGCAAGAGGAGGAAAAGCGGAGGCAGCAGCAGCGGAGCCGAAGAUCUCUGAGAAGGCGGCCGCAGCCUGGCCCUGAGCUUCCUGACCCCGAGCUGAGUGUUAGAGUAGGAAAGGAUCAGAGGAGGAGCAAUGAGGACCUGACAGUGUCAGCCUCCUGUAAGGAGCCAGAGCAGGAGCCAGUGCCAGCCCAGUUCCAGAAGGCCAAGGUCCCAAAGACUAAUCACAAACGAGGAAGGAAAUAGGCAGAGUGAACGCCCUCCCAGGAGUGUGGAUGGGAUGCUGCUGCCCCAGGACCUGUGUGGGGAGAGCUGAGUCGGGGGCUGUGGGAAGAUGCUUCCAGCUCUCUGUGUAAGGCUGGUACUUUCUCAGCUCCUUCCUCCUGUGUAAAUUUCAUUGUCUUCCCUACUUCUUCGCUUUUCCUUCCCUCCUGUUUUAGUAGGCUUUCCUGCUAUUCCUUGUUGGAGUCCUCUUUGUUUUUCUCUUCCCUUGCCCAAAGAGCUGCUUCUUAAGGCCAAGUAUAGGCCUCUUUUGCCCUGUACAAGACUAAGAAACUUGUUCUGUUGUUUUUUCCUUCCUGGGGUAUAGAAUGUUCUUGAAAGAUCCAUUGAUUUAGUAGCUGCUCCAUUGUCUAGGUUAAAAAACAGCUUAAGCUCAUUUUUAAAACCGUAACUGAUCUGUCAUUUUGUGUUUGUGAUACAGUAUGCCUAGAAGCUAGAACUGUUGCCACUCAUGUAAUACCUUGUCUCCUUGGAAACAGGCUUUACAGAGGCUGUUUGAAUUCACUGUGGUUUUAGGAUUGAAAAUAAGAAAAUGGAUAUAGGAGCUAGGACCUCUCUACACUAGCUAAACUGGGACAUGACAAGCAGCGUUAGGAGUGUCCUCAGAAUUAAAAUGACUAGAAAGAAAAAUUAGAAGCAGCAAUAAAUACUACCCCACCAUUACUGUUGCUCUUUUCAGUGCCCCUCGAAGCUUGCUUUUGCCACCUUGGCUUUAAAGAUGGAGAAAUACAUUACCCUGAAGUGUUGACACAGUGCUCCUGGUGAUGCUACUGAGGUUGGAAAUGAAGGUGUGCAUUCCUUCUCUCCUGGACUUUUUACCUCACUUGUUCAUCUGCACCCCACACCAAGUCCUUACUGAUCCCCUUAGCCAACCUCUGUCUCUGAAUUUUCUGAGUAUGUUGUCCUUCUGUGCGCUUUUAUAUAUGGAGUUCUGUCCUCUCUAUGUCCUAAGACUAUGGUACCAGCGCAGCUACUGUUCUGCAGCUGGAAAGAAGGAUUCUCUCUGUACCUCAUGCCUGCUCAUGUUGCCCGGGCUAUUUGUGCAUUAGGGUGGCUUUCUCUAGAGCAUUUGUUAGAGCAGCUUUGUUGUCGUGUUUCUGGAUUUUCUUCCCCUUUUACGUAAAGAAUAGGUCUUACGUAUCCUUGCCUAUUUUGUGGCAGAUGCUGUAUAAAACAAGAAUCCUGAUAUGGACAAGUACAACCUUUCCAAGAUCUGAAAGGCGUAUUACCACUCUGUUCUCCGUGCUCCUCCAAAUAGCUUUAAAAUGUGGGCUUUUGUGAAGACCACUUUCAAACAAGGGAGCAUUCAGACUUGGAUACUGCCAGAAUAGGUCACAUUGAAACAAGUGAAGGAAAUGGUGUAUCUGAGCUACACCAUUCAAAGUUACCCCUUAAAGCCCUUUCAGUCCAUGAAGGUUGUCAGGGAGGAAAGAUGAAGAAGCUAUGUUUAUUUCUGGUGAGUAAGACUUGGGGAAUGUUUGGCAAUGACAAAAGAAAUAAAUGACACUU